AUGGAGUCGCCUGGAGGCUAUCCAGAGUCUCCGCUCGACCAGGAUGAUGUCGUUUACCCGUGCAAGGGAUGCGGCGAGAUCCUCGAGGAAGGCAAGGCAUUCGAGUUAGCCGGGAACCGAUGGCACAUCGAUUGCUUCCGCUGCAACACCUGCGGCACGCUGCUCGACUCGGACGCGAACCUGCUGCUGCUCGGCGAUGGCUCGCUCAUCUGCAACAACUGCACAUACAGCUGCAACCACUGCGGCAACAAGAUUGAGGACCUGGCCAUCUUGACGGGCGACCAGGCCUUUUGCGCAAACUGCUUCCGAUGCAGGAACUGCAAGCGCAAGAUCGAGAACCUGCGAUAUGCCCGCACAUCGCAAGGUAUCUUUUGCAUGUCCUGCCAUGAGUCUCUGAUGGCACGCCGUCGAAAGAAAACUAAAAAACCGCCCUCGUCCUCAGUGCAAGCAAAAGUAGACAAGUCGCUACCCGCCCUCCCCCCGAGCGCUGCGACCCAGUUCACGCCUGAUAUCGACACGCCCUCCGACAUCUUUUCAGAGCCCACCACCACUGAUGUGUCUCCCAGGCCGCCUCAACCUAGGCGGAAUGACUCCUCACCUGCCAACUUUAGGCGUGACGCGUCCCCCGCGUCCCAGACCGACGCCCGUAGGGAUACCACAACUCUGCCUGCGAGCACGUACAAAGAGAAAAAUCAUUCUGAAGCAUCCGAUACUGGCGAUGACAACGGCACUCUUCUCCCUUUCGCAUUGGACCCAAACCCCGCGCCAGGGCCGUCGCCCAUCAACAAUGCACACAGCAGAGGGGCCGAGGGCAAGUCUGCUCGUGACUACUUUAACCGCCCCGUGGGUGGCCACAGAGAAAUGCUCAAGGAGAACAGAUCUCGGUCGGCAUCCGCAGAACGACAGCCUACAAGCCCCCAUAUUGCGUACCAGGAGAAGGGGAGGCAGCCCUCGGAGCAGCUUGUGGACACGCUUCGAAAGCGCAAGGACAACAUCAGCGACCCACCCGCUGUUACUGCCGACCGAACUCGAAGCCAGCAUGCGUCACCUGCUCCGUCGCAAUCUUCAGAAGCUUUCAAGCUUCAAGAAGUGCCCAAGAACAAGAGGGCGGAAGCGCGCAAGAACUCCACCGCUCGCUCGCCAUCGCGUGGCUCUCCAGCCACAGAUCUAGCUGGAAGGCUCGCUAACCAACCCACCGAGGCGAUUGGAAAGUCAACGGCUUCCGUGGAUACCAGCCGUGACGAUUUGUCCACGACCUCGAGCUCAUCCUUCGGUUCGACCCAGCAAAGACCGCAGGUCGAGCGACCAGCACGUGGCGAUUCACUUACCAAUUCUUCCAUGAAGACUUCUGCUCCAAUAUCGAGAAAGGACAUCUCUGGGCCUUCUCCGACCACUCCUACUAUGCCGCAGCCCGACCGAAAGCCAUCUGCCACCUCAUCGUACAGUCAACAGAACGGCAUCUAUGGAAACGACAAGGAGAUAUUGGACCCGCCAGGACUACCUCAGCGCGCGGCAGGGAGACGCCCCCCGCCUUCUACGGACACCUUUGUGUCUCCACGCGCACCCCCGCAGCCUCCACCGGCACCUCAAAAUCACAAGACAUCCGAAUCUGUUAGUACCCUGCAGAGUGAUGGUUCCACCACAGUUUACUCUACUGGUGGCUUGCCGAGAUACAGUGCACAGGGUGAUUUCUCCAUGGACGAAGAUUUUGCGCGUUUGCUUUCGAACCAGGAGGGGCAUGAAAAGGAGGGUGGUAUGUUGAGAAAAGUCUCCAACGCUAUGAAAGGGCACGGCCGGAGUCACAGCGACCGCGGCUCAAUAACCUCUCGUGGCCAUGGGCAUAAGAAAUGGCCCACUAAUGGCUCCAUAGAUAUCAGCAGCCCGACAAUUGCGUCGCCAAACUCCAAUGAAGAGGCCGUCAAUCUAAGGAACGAGCUUCGCCGUGCGCAACAAAGAAUCGCUGAACUCGAGGCCGAGAAGAAUGGCUUGCAGGAGACCGUGCACAGCGCUGCCGACAUCAAACAGGCCAACACAAUGCUGAGAGAAAAGCGAAACACAAUGGCCGUUCUUGACACCCAGCGUGAGAUGGUCAUUCGCGAGCUCGAGAUUAUGACCGAGCACCUCAAGAAAGCCAAAGAGAACAGCGGAUCCACCAUGGAUAUAAACCAACUAAAGUCGGACGUUCUGCGAGACUUUGCAAAUUCACUCCAGAAGUUGAAAGACCAGCUCGGCGGCCAAAUUGAAGAGCUCAUCUCGAAGCGCACGGCCCUCACGGAUGAGAUAUCCAAUCUGAUUCAGAUGAAAGACAAGGGGUUCCAAGAGUACGAGUCUUUGAGUGCGCAGAACAAGAAGCUUGCCGACAUGAACCAAAACCUCAUUGAGUCAAUUCAAUCAACACUCAAAACCAACAAGCAGCACAUGGGUAAUCAAUCGAUUGAGGCUGCACGGUCGCCGGCAAAUGGUCUAGGUAUUUAUAAUGCCAACCACAAGGGUGGAAAGUCUGAUAUAUCUGUCGACGCCCGUGAGGUCAUUCACGAGCAUUCGUACUCCAAUCUGCACGAGGCAGAUUCCGAGGCCACCCUGGCGCAACCACAGGUCGUCAACAUUCGCAAGACCGGCAAAGCCACCAAAUUCUCCAACUGGAAGAAGGGUGGCCAGGCAAUUACGAAGAAUGUCACGAAAGGAUUCAAAGGCGCGUUCGGUCCGACGGAGUCGAAGCCAGCCGAUGAGAUGAACAUCAAAGUCAUUGGCACCCCGUACGGGUCUACUCACACCCAACCAGACUUUGCAUCAAUGACAACAAUGUCGAACUCGCUUAGGAGCCGGGAAGAGGCUCCGCCGCGAGGCUGGUUCGGCGGCAAGAACCCUACAAACGAUCCAAAAGGUAAGAUGAGGCCGAUGCAACAUGAGAACGGUAGCACGCAGCAGGUCGACGCUUCGGUCCUGUUCGGCUCAGAUCUGAUCGCCCGGUGCGAAUACGAAAAGAGGAUGCUUCCUGCAAUUGUAAGCCGUUGCAUUGAGGAGGUAGAGACACGAGGAAUGGAUGUUGAGGGUAUAUACCGCAAAAGCGGAGGUUCCUCCCAGGUCAACCAAGUGAAGGCCGGCUUCGAAGGUACCGACGAGUUGGACAUCUCGGACCCCGACCUGGACAUUCACGCCGUCACCUCAACCCUCAAGAAUUAUCUGCGCCGUCUACCGACCCCUCUCAUCACCUACGCCCACUACGACCAAUUUCUGGAUGCGGGUGUGAUUGAGAAUCCAGACCAACGAGCCAGGGCCUUGCGAGCUGUCUUGAAGGAGAUUCCACGACCACACUACGACACACUUCAGUUUCUAAUCUUCCAUUUGGCCCGCGUCAUUCAACAUUCCGACGAUAAUCUCAUGACACCGCUCAACCUCGCUGUGGUUUUUGCCCCGACGAUUAUGCGUCCGACGGAUAUAAACCGAGAGUUGACCGACAUGCAAGCACAACGAAACGCCGUCCAAACUCUCCUCGAAGAUCACAAGAACGUGUUCUUUGAUGAGGAAUAG